CAUUCAGAGAAAAAGAGCAGGACAGGACAGACCGACAGCCGCUUGGUCUCGCUCUGGGGUGGACCGCUACACGCGCACGAGACGCGGCAGAGCAGCGGCAGAGAAAGACUCAGCGGAGAACGGAUUCCUCUAUGUGUACUGUACACCAUAAUAAUUAUUAGUAUUACAAUUGUCGUUUGGCGGGUUCGUUGUUAAUAACCGUUUAGCGGGAGAGUAGAGGAGAACUGUGCCGCUGUAACUAGAGUCGCUAUGGCCGCUCUAUCAGGAAGUGAGAUGUGCGUCAAAUACCUGAUGUUCGCUUUUAACCUGAUUUUCUGGCUUGCAGGUACAGGAGUGCUGGCUAUAGGGUUGUGGUUGAGGUUUGACCCAAAGACCAGAGGGCUGUUUGAAGGAGCAGAAUCUCCCCAUAUCUUCUUCACAGGUGUAUAUAUCCUCAUAAUUGCAGGGUCAUUAAUGAUGGUUGUUGGGUUCCUGGGAUGCUGUGGAGCGAUUCAGGAGUCACCGUUUAUGCUGGGGCUGUUCUUCUUCUUCCUCCUCAUCAUAUUCGCCAUCGAGGUCGCUGCUGGAAUCUGGGGGUUCUCCAACCAAAGCAAGGUGGUUGAUGACAUCACUCAGUUCUACUUGGAGACAUAUCAGAACUACCAGAACACUUCACAGGACACACUGAGAGAGACACUCCGUCUCAUACAGACUGGGUUGGACUGCUGCGGACCAACAGGUUCCUUUGGGGACUUUGCCAAAGACACCUGUCCCCCAAGAGAUGGGCUGGACAGCCUCAUCACCAAGAGCUGUCCUGAUGCUAUAGAUGAAGUGUUUGACUCCAAGCUGCACAUCAUAGGAGGAGUGGGCAUCGCUAUUGGAGUCAUCAUGGUGUUUGGGAUGAUCUUCAGCAUGCUGCUCUGCUGUGCCAUUAGGAAGUCACGGGAGAUCGUCUGAUGAUGUUAUCAUUACCAUGACGAUGCCUUUUAAUGUUGCAUGAUGUCAUUCCUAGUCACAUGACUUUUGUUUACUUGUUGAGAAAGGUCGGCCUGAGAGCUAGCAGCUGCCAACCCACUGCCAACGAGUACUUUAGAUCCCCUAACCUCUGUAACAAGGAUCUGCUACACCUGGUGAUCCAGGGGAUUAGCCUGAGGACGGUGCUGCACAGAAUCACCCUGUAUCCUAAACAUCUACUCAUGAAGUGAUCUAAGUUAGCAAAUAUGUGCAGUGCCUUUCUCAGGCUGAUCCUCUCUAACAUGGAAUCUGUCCAGUGCUAAGGUCGAACCUCAUAAACCAUCAUUGUGAUGUCACUGUUCACUGAUUGGCCCUGUGAGAAACUGGUUCAGGAAGUGAAAUAAACAUAACACAUUUGUGAUUUAUGAUGAAUUAAGAGAUCUAUGAAUAGUAGUCUAGAGGUGUCAUAAACAAAUGUUUUUGUAAUAUGAACAGACUUUCAAUUACCACAACUGCUCAAUGAUUUAAAUUAAACUAUAGAUGAAAUAAUGUCAUGACAAUGUAAGCAACAUAUAUUCUAUUAAUGAUUGUAAUAAUAUUGUAUUGUGAUCACAUUUCUACCAAAAUAACAUCUGAAGGACCAGGGGCGGUCCUAAGACAAUUCCCUAUAGCAAAGGCACUCAAUCUAUACCAUUCCUUAGCAAGAGCCAAUGAAAUCAGCACAUUGUGACAAGUUCCCAAUGAUAUUGCAGGCUGUGGUCUGUGGUGAACAUGGUUCUAAGUGUUAUAGAGGAGCAGCUUGGUCGCUCCAGUAGAGUACAAGAACCCCUCUUUCUCUUGAUCUCUCUCCCUCUCACACUCUCUCUCCGUACUCUCUUUCUCUACCCAAUUUGAAAACGCCUUGAAGUCUCUGACUCUUUUUAUAAAGUUGAUUUUUAUUUGUGACCAAGUUUUUGGUGAGUUGUAGUCAGUUUUACAGUAUAUUUAGAUCUCUGUCAGAUUACAGUGACUUUUAUAACAUCCAUGCCAUUUCACACUGGUCUGGUUGGUUGGUGCACCAAAACAAAUGAGCCAAAUAAACUGUAACCUCUGAUCCUAAUUCUGGUCGUGUGUGUGUGUGUGUGUGUGUGUGUGUGUGUGUGUGUGUGUGUGUGUGUGUGUGUGUGUGUGUGUGUGUGUGUGUGUGUGUGUGUGUGUGUGUGUGUGUGUGUGUGUGUGUGUGACUGAGAGAGUAAAACAUGUUAGUCAGCUUUCACAGCUUCCUGCUACUGUGGAAAAUAACAACCUGAUCUCAUUAGCCUCCUUCUUUUAUCUCUCUCUCUCUCUCUUUCUCUCUCUGUAAUGAGUUACACGCACGUGUGUGUAGUUAGAGUUCAACUUGAGUGUUUAGUUUAGAUCCAUGUGGUUGGCUGAACCUCAGCCUUGGUAACAGUUGUUAAGGCUGGAACCGGUAAGACAGUUGGGCGUCAGCCUCCACAACCUUAUAAAAGACCACACAUCUGUGUGUGUGUGUGUGUGUGUGUGUGUGUGUGUGUGUGUGUGUGUGUGUGUGUGUGUGUGUGUGUGUGUGUGUGUGUGUGUGUGUGUGUGUA